GUCAGUUUUGCGGUUGUGGAGCAUUUCUGACAUUCCAUCCAUCUCUUUGUGAUCUACUCCACACAUCGACAAAAUCACUUCAAAGGCCUGAUAUACAUAUAGACAAGUACUCGUGAAGUGUCUCUUGCCUCCUUGACUCCUAUCACCUACUGCUUCACGCUCCACUCUGCGUGUGCACACACCUCCCACGUUUCCAACACUUCAACAUGUCAGCUCUUCGCACCAUUCUGUCUCGUUCUGCCCUUCCGUCCACUCGUCGACUGGCGGCUCCAUCCCCUGCUGCGUCUCAGCUCGUUCGAAAUUUCCUCAAGCCUUCCAGCCCUGUUCUUAAAGCUGAGGACGAGGAGAAGGCGAGGCUGGAGUACGAAAAACACAGGCAGAAUGUCGACCCCAAGAUGGCUUCUGUGGAUGAGUCAUUGACGUUUGAACACCCAAAAACAAGUGAAUGGAAAGCUGGUGAUCCAGGACACGAUGUCGUUGGAGCCGGCCAUGGAAGACACAACAAGCGAACGCUGUCCAGCCUGUCAAUGGACGGCAAGGUCUGCGUCGUGACUGGAGCUGCUAGAGGUCUAGGGAACAUGAUGGCCCGAACGUUCGUCGAAAGUGGCGCAUCUUCCAUUGCCAUCGUCGAUCUGAAUGAGGCCGAUGCCAGGGCGGCUGCAAAAGACCUGGAAGAGUGGUUCGUCACCCACGGUGAGGCUGAACCUGGCGAGAUCAAGGCCAAAGGAUACGGAUGCGAUGUCGCGAACGAGCAAUCAGUCACAAAGACUUUCGACGCCAUCGAGAAGGAUUACGGGAGUAAGAUUGAUUGCUUGGUCACGGCCGCCGGAAUUGUGGAGAACUUCAUCGCGACAGAAUACCCGACUGAAAAAGUUCGAAAGUUGCUCGACAUCAACGUCAUGGGAUCGUGGUUCUGCGCCCUCCAGGCUAAGAAGAGAAUGCCGGAAGGUGGCUCUAUCAUUCUCAUUGGAUCCAUGUCCGGUAACAUUGUCAAUGCUCCUCAACCGCAGACCCCGUACAACUUUUCGAAGGCCGCAGUGAGGCACAUGGCCUCGUCAUUGGCCGUAGAAUGGGCCAAGGACAACAUUCGAGUCAACUGUGUCGCCCCUGGAUAUACCCUGACCAAUUUGACCAAGGUCAUUUUGGAUGCUAACCCUGUCCUGCGUGACGAAUGGCUGCAUCGAAUUCCAAUGGGUCGACUCGCCGAUCCGUCCGACCUCAAGGGAGCGAUUGUUCUGCUCGCAUCCGACAGCUCCAAGUACAUCACAGGCUCUCAGAUCACCAUCGAUGGAGGUUACACUUGUCUCUAGACACAGUCACGAGUCACUGUCAGACAAGACGUCAUAUGCAUAUUAUUAGCUUGGUUCAACCUGUGUACAGAUUCCUAAUGCCAUUAUGAAUUGUCUUCCUAAUCGAGCCACUCGAUUUCCUAAUCCCAUGUCAGC